AUGCACCUCGUUGUGCACCUACUCUCGGCUCUCGCCCUGGCGAGCAGCAUAAUCACUACUCUCGCCGCAACCACCGACCGGCCUGCUGUCAAAGACUCCACGAUCCUCCACUCUAGCGUGGGCUGCCGAGCCUGCCCUGAAGAAAACUGCUCCAAAUGUACCCUCGGCUUCGAAGAGACCCUCGAAGCAAACCUUACGACGGACACCUUCAUCCGAACUCUGGUGGGCUUCCAACACCCCGUGCCGAUCUCCGCGAUCACAAAAUGCACCGUGCAGUUCCCGGCAUUCACUCGACCAUCCCGGAACCCGCCCAACCUCACCGUGGCUGCGGCCAUGUCGUCGGACUGGGACGAAGAGACCGUCACGGGGGAAACGGCACCGGCGUCCGGGCCUGUCUUUGGAGUAUACAAUGUGCCGCAGUAUGGGAAUCCCCCGGCGCUGGAUGUCACUCCUGCGUGUCUGAACGCAGACAGACAAGGCAGAUUCUCCGUUUACAUUGUGACUGAGGUGGGGCGAUUUGAGAUUUGGUCGAAGGAUUCGGGGAACGCGGCGAUCUUGCAUGUCAGUCAUUGA